CUUCCAAUUUGUUCCCCUCUCUUUUCUUUUGUCUUGAUAUCUUGUGUCCCCAAGACGCAUAGUACUCACAGCGUUCAUACCCACGGCGCUCAGACGCCCGGCCCGCGCCCUCCACAAUGUCAUCCAGCCACACAGCAAAGAGGCAGUUCCAACCCUCGAUAGACUCCUACUUCGGCCGCAGCAACAGCUCUGAUGGCGUCCCCCACCGAGAGAGAUCGACUCUGAGCCCACCCCUACCACCCGAGACCCAAUCCUCCCUACUCAGCGUGGGCAUGCGAGUACGCAAAUCGGUACCUGAAGGCUACAAAACCCACAAGACAAUGGGCCUGCAAGGCCACUCGAUACCUCCCAGCACCGCGCCGGCGAGAUCAAGAACGCAAAACACCAGGACUGAGACGAGAGUGAGUUCGAGGGAACUGCUGCCGUUCUGUGGACUGCAUAAAAUUGGAGGCCUGGCGGCGCAACAAAUGCCAUCAUCAUCCGCGCCAGCUGUCAUUCAAGACGAUGACAGUGACGACGAACUGCCCGAUUUGACACGGUCUCAGAGUACGCUCCAGUCCGGCGAUGCCCUUUCGACAUCUCCACUCGCCGAUCUUUCUAAGAAGAGAACGUACGAGGAGGACAUGGAGGAUGAUCUAGACGCUUGGUUUCACGAUGACACCGCCAUGGAUUCCGACGCUCUCGCACGUGGGGAGAGACCGAAAGCGAGACUCCGACAGCAGGCCUCUCGUAAGCCGAGGGCGAGUGGGGGUGUGCGCGUGUUGGACGCCGAUGACUUUGAUGAGGCGGCUUUCCUGGUACCGGACGGGAUGGAGGUAGACGAGGACUAAAAGCGUGGAGGCCUGUUUGGUGUCGCGAGCCUUGUGGGAUGGUCUUGUAUUCAGCGUUGAUUGCAUCUACGAUACCCAGCGAGUUUUGUCGAUAUUCGAGACGGCGAGCGAUGCUGUUUUGGCACAAAUGACACGUAGCGAUACUUUUGUACAUCUAGUCACAUUUUACGCCUUUGGCAUUCA